CGUCACUUUUUUAAGGUUGACGACUACCAGGACACGUCUCAGACUGGUCUGUGAAGGAUGCGUGUGACUGCUGUUGGUAGAAUUAGAGAAGUACCCACUGAGUCAGCAGUGUCUGGACUGUGAAGAGACAUGGAGGCUCUGUUUGGGCUGUUGGUGAUGCUGGUCGCCGUCUAUCAUGGUGUUGAGACAUCCUGUGAUGCCAGACAGGAUGGAGCUCAGUGUUAUGGAGCUCUGGGAGGAACUGUGGAGAUCAGACUGAUGAACAGCACCACAGGAAUACAUAGAUUCCUUUGGAAAAAGAAUAUCUUAAGAAUUUUGAUGGGAGCAGAUGUCAACAUAUUGUCAAAUGAGUUUAAGAACAGAUCCAACUUCACGUUCAAUAGUGGAACAUUUAGGAUCAGUAACUUAAACAGAAAUGACACUGGUACAUAUGAGCUUGAAUUGAUUAAUUCAUCUGGCAUCAUAAUAGAAAAACGGACUCAAAUCCUGUCCAUCCAAGCUCCUGUGUCCUCUGUCCAGCUGGACUCUGAGUGUCUGUCUCAGGGGGGGAGGAGGGCGUCCUGUUCCUCUGAUGGAGGGGACAGUCCUCAUUACAGCUGGACUCUGGAUGGACACACACUGAAGGACUCUCAGCUCCUCUAUGGAAAUCAAACAUCCAACAACAUCAUUCUGAGUCAAAAUGUCUCAGGACAACUGGUCUGUUCAGUCAGUAACCAUGUCAGUAAUGUCUCUAAAGGGGAGAGGAUUUCUACCUGUGUAUUCAUUAACUGCACUUUAGUCAAUGGGACAGAGAUUUCACAGUGGCUGCCUGAAGAAAUGAAAUCCCUGUGUUUUGAACCAACAACACCCCAAAGCACUACUGUGGGUAAGGAGAGUGACAGUACUAACCCCUCUAACACAACAUCCUGCAAACCAAAUGAGGACCCAUGGUACAUUAAGCAUUUGCCAAUUCUGGGUGGUGUUCUGGCUGUACUGAUAAUUGGGCUGCUGGUUGGGGUGGUAUGCAUCUGUACUCAAAAGAACAAGCAAACGAAGAACCCAAAAGAUGAUGAGGAUGACCAUGAGUUAACUUAUGCCGAUGUCAGGAUUGUGCCGAAUCGGGGGCGACAGAUGCAGCCGAGGAGGGAGAUGGAAGUGGAGUACGGUGAAGUCAAAGUUUCAGGACGACCUCGGCAGACUUUUGAAACACCAAAUGAUGACUGUGUAUGCGCCAAAGUCCGCAAAGGCAGGUGAUUCAGAGUGUGGAGUGUUUUCUUUUACGGACUGCACCACCAAAGGUCUCACUAAUGUGUGAUUAACGAAUAGAAAAAAACAAAGCUCGUGAUUGUUUUUAAUGGGAUUUUCUGUAUUUCUGAUACUCGCAUGAUGGUCUUACAGUCAGUCUAUGAUGAUGCUAUGAGACAUCUCUGUAAUAUAUGUAUGUUAUGGACUUUUUUUUUUUUUUUUUAUUAUUUAUUUAAUUUUUUUAUUUUUAUUUUUUCAAAAUAAUGAAAAUUAUACUGAUAUAUAUUUAACUGUUUUACUCUUUAGUUCACUGAGAUGUGAAAUGUAAAUAAGCCAAGCAGCAUCUUCAGUUUACAUUUGCACGUUAUCCGAAGUGGUUACAAUAAUGCUCUUCUUUAUUAAUGAUUAGGUUUACUUUACUUAUAGUCAACAUAUGUGUAAAAUGAAUGCAUGAUUACAUUAAACUUGGGCAUGAUGUGCUUUUGCAUUAUGACUGUGCAUACAGCAACCUCAAUAUUUCAAUGUGAGUUUGCAUGGAUGUUAAUCUCAGAUUAGCCCAAUGAUAGGGCAGAAUUUUGUUUCCAUGAUGUAAAGACUUCUGCUUUUUCUCCUGUGUGAGCUGAUGUGGUUACCACAAAACAGUGAAGCAGUAAAGUGUCAAUUUUAUGUAAAACUCAAGUGGUAUAUGUUAUUUUAACCAUACUUCUCAGUUUUAGGUAAGUUAUUUUGGAUGCAGACACAGAUCAGAUGGAAAAUACCAACAACUUGUGUGUGUCUGCAAAACAUACAUAAUUUCUCUGCUUCUGAAAUUAGACGAAUGCAUUUUCACCACUUUAUGUUUGUCAGUGAAAUGCACAUUCAAAGGAGGGACAAAGUCUGAUCAUGAAGUUUACUUUAGCACAAAAAAAGUAGAAACUUAAAAAAAACAAAUAAAUAGUUCUGAAAAUAUGGCAUAUGUAGUUUAAAAGGCAGCUUUUCAGAGUCUUAUCUUUCAUUUCUGUCCGAUUGUGUUUUCUGUUUUUAGCUUGAUGCAUUUCCUGUCUUUGUCGGCAUCACGUCAGAAUCACAAAGAUAAAAAAAACAGUCAUCAUGAGACUCACUGAAUACUUUCAUUGAAAAAAAAAAAAACACUUAAUGCAAUUUUAAAUCCAAA